AUGACGGGCGCCAGCAAGGAGCUGAACCCGGAGAAGCCCUCGCCGGUGGAAAGCGAAGGGCAAGGGACAAGUCCCAAGAACGACAGCAUCGUAUCGCUGCUGUACUCGUUCGCCAAGAAGGUCGUCACGGUGGGCAUCAUCUAUUUCGUCGGUUACAUGGGCUGGUCGGUGGCGUGGCUCAUCACGCCCGUUAUCCUGUCGGUGGCGCGAGAGUCCUGGCGUAAGACGAACGACACGCGUCGGGCUGUGGCCAAGGCGUCAGCCCUCGCCAACGACAAGGACGUUAUCCUGGCGCGACUCCACGAUCUUCCUGCCUGGGUUUUCUUCCCCGAUGUCGAACGCUGCGAAUGGCUGAACAGGAUUCUGAAGCAGGUUUGGCCGAACGCAAACUUUUACGCGAAAAAUCUCAUCAAGGAAUCGAUCGAACCGAACAUCCAGCAAGCCAUGGCCGGUUACAAGCUGAACGGGUUCAAGUUCGAUCGCAUGAUUCUCGGCACGAUUCCGCCAAGGAUCGGUGGCGUGAAGGUGUACGAUAAGAACGUGUCCCGCAACGAAAUCAUCAUGGAUCUGGAUCUGUUCUACGCCGGUGAUUGCGACAUCAGCUUCGCGCUAAGCGGGCUGCGAGGUGGCAUCAAGGACUUCCAGAUUCACGGUACGGUGCGCGUGAUUAUGAAACCGCUCAUUUCGCAGAUGCCGCUCAUCGGUGGGUUGCAGAUUUUCUUCCUCAACAACCCGAACAUCGACUUCAAUCUGGUCGGUGUGGUCGACCUGCUCGACAUGCCCGGGUUGAGUGACAUUUUGCGGAAGAUUAUCGUCGAGCAGGUGGCCGCUAUCAUGGUGCUGCCGAACAAGCUGCCGAUCGUGCUGAGCGAUGGUGUGCCCGCGUUGUCGCUGAAGAUGCCCGAACCCGAGGGCGUACUUCGUAUCCACGUUGUAGAGGCUAAGGAUCUCAUGAAAAAGGACAUCAGCAUGCUCGGUAAGGGCAAAUCCGACCCGUACGCCAUCAUUUCGGUCGGCGCUCAGCAGUUCCGCACGCAAACCAUCGACAACACGGUCAACCCCAAGUGGGACUACUGGUGCGAGGCCGAAGUCAAUGCCAUUCUCAGGCAAGAGAUUGAACUCAACCUGUGGGAUUGGGACCCGGGCUUCCCCGGGGUACAGAACGACGAUUUCCUCGGCAGAGCCACCGUGGAAAUCAGCAGCGUUACCAAGAACGGUGAAAUCGACACAUGGCUAACAUUGGAGCAGGCCAAACACGGCCUGGUGCACCUGCGCAUGACCUGGUUCAAACUGAGCUCCGACAAAUCCGACCUUAGGUCAGCCCUCGAGGAAACGCAGCACUUGCGGGUGACGUCUAUGAGCACGGCCCUGUUGACGGUUUUCAUCGAUUCAGCAAAGAACCUACCGCAAGCACGCCAGCAAUCGCAACCGGACCCGUAUCUGGUGUUGUCCGUGGGCAAGAAGAACGAACAAACCUCAGUGCAGAUGCGCACGGACGCGCCGGUCUGGGAGCAAGGAUUCACUUUCCUGGUCGGCAAUCCAGACAACGACACGCUGCAACUGAAAGUGUUAGACCAGAAGACGGGCAGCACGAUCGGCUCGCUAACGUACAUUCUGAGCGCGCUGAUGGAGAAGAAAAACCUCGAAAUCAUGUCGCAGCCGUUCCAGUUGCAAAAGUCCGGUCCCGAGUCGAAGCUGAUCAUGUCACUGUCGUUGCGUGUACUGAAGCGCUACCGGGAAGAGGAUGCAGUGGCCACGACGCCGGACAAAGCGCCUUCUUCUGAAGCCGAUAGUGUCCUGUCACGCACCAGCUCCGUCAGGACGAUGUCACACGGUUCGCAAUCCAGUGCACAGCACAUCCGGAAGCAGGACUCGAAUCGCAAAUCGGCCACUUCCGCACUGUUGGAGCAGAUGUCGAUCAAGGAGGAGCCGUUCGUCGUGUCGACGUUGAACACGGUCAUGAUGGCGACGCCACCACGCAGCCCGAAUCUCAGUGAUGGCGGCACGGAGUUGCUACGUCGAAGCCCAAGCACCACUUCGUCGGCUGGAUCGGCUGGGCUUGGCCGCAUUCAGCUCACGGUCGCAUACAGUGUCCAGCGCCAACGACUGCUCGUGAUCGUUCACAAGAUCAACAACAUCCCGCUGAAGGACCCCAGCAACAUUCCGGACCCGUACGUGAAGCUGUACCUGUUGCCGGGACGCUCGAAGGAGUCGAAGCGCAAGACGAACGUGGUGAAGGACAACUGCGACCCAGUGUUCGAUACUACGUUCGAGUACAUCAUCUCGAACGCGGAGCUUGUCAACUCAGAGCUGGAGGUGACUGUUUGCACGCAGAAGGGAUUCUUCGGCAGUCCGGUCAUUGGCAUGCAAAAACUGUUUCUCAACGAUCCCGACAUUUCCAGUGGCCAAGGUAUCAAGGCCUGGUACGAUCUGCUGCCGGAGUCGAAAUUCGAGUAAUAUUCUGCCUCUGCUGGAGCAGCACAGAGCGUAAACUUUUGAACCCAUUUAAUUGUGAUGCAGCGAUGCAGUUUAGUGGAACUCGUGUGAAGGAGUAUCGUGUUGAAAACACCAGCAUUUUAUCGAAAGUUUAUGGGUCAUUUUAUUGUUUGUUUUUAUAUUUUUAUUAAAAGAAGCACAAGCGAGAGAUGAAUUUGAGAGAACUUUUUUACGCUUGAUUAGGUGAUGUUUGUGCUGUUUUGUUAAAUGUUAAGGCAACGUUAUAAUGUAAGCGAUUCGCACAGAUUUUAUGCAGCUCCCGGUACUUUUAAUCCAGGUUGCAAGGCGCUAAUGUUGAGUAAUUUAAUGAAAUAUAUUGACACUGCAUCCAGUCUCCUAAGCUCUCGACAACAGGUGAUCUGAAAACACGGACUGGAUUGGAAACAUGAUCUAGAUUUUUGGUACUAUCGAUCGCAAAAAUUAAUCUUACUUGCCGUACAAAACCAAAACACAUUGUAAUGACGGAAAUGUGAAAGAGUAAUUGGAUGCAUUUUUAUCGUACAUUUUAGUAGUUGGCACGCUGUUCGCUAAUGGGAUAAAGGUAGUGAUAUUGUACUGUAUGAUUCUAGCGUUUCAUCAGAUAGAACGAUGCAGUGAUAGCUUUUGUAGCGUAUUAGCUAUGUCCGGCGAAAACUUUCAACGAACACAUUUGCUUCGAACCUAUCCCGGACUCGGGCUAGAAUAGAAGCAUCUCGUAUUUAACCAAUUUCAGGUCCUACAGACGGAUUACCAACUGCCACCUUGCAUCGGUCGGCGGAGUUGUCCGGAUACUGACCGAAGCUUGUCUCCAUAAUGUGUCAAUUAUCAUCCCCAUUGCUCCCGAGAAGGAGAAGGGCUUAGUAGCGGAAAGUUGAUCACCGUUUAAACACGGGCGGUUCCACAGAGGGUUUGGCAAAUCAGUACGAUUAGCACACCGUAGAGGGAAUGUGUUAGCAUACUGACAACGAUACGGGAUCCGCCCAGGAAAGUGGGCGUCCGUAGGAAUAGGCAACAGAAUUCCCGAUUGUUUGCUUCCUCGUUAGCUUCAGCAUGACAUACGUGUCCGGAGUGUAAAUACUAGAUCACUACAAUGUUUUACUUAGCGCACCCUGAUGGCUAGGCAUUUGCACUUAAAAAAAGCAUUCAAAUAAACGUCCACCGUUCUUUCCCGUGCACUCUUUGACGCACGACCGGUUAUUGCAAACAUAACAAAUAGAACAACGCAAACAUCUAAAUCAAUACACAGAGAGCGAGAAUCUACCCAGAGCUUAUAGGGUUAUAGCGCAGCUGAGCUUAUAUCUAUCAGUAGAACUAUCGAGAACUAGCAUGCCUGCUUUGCCUAAAGCAGAUGUGGCGAGUCGACACGUGUUUCGAUCGCUGUCAGGGGAAAAGUAAAAAUUAUUUAAAAAAAAAAGUAGCACUUUUGAACAAAGAAACAUUUACAAUCAUGCACCGAAACUGCUCGAUUAGAUCGUGAAUAGAGUGAGAAUGCAGAAGCCUUUCGAUAUUAUUCGUACGCAAGUAAUUCAGCCUAACAACAUUUAAACAAUAACUCAUCUAGCACAUUCGAUUGACAUCGAUAAGGCACCGAUUCAAGGAUAGAUUUUUGAUUCAGAAUUUAGCGACAGCAAACCAUCUAAACCAUCUUCACGCUUAGUGUGAAAGCGCACUAUUCGUCGUGCUUUGAGUGAAUCGUGACGUGUUGUACUACUAAAUUUUAAGAUGCUUUUCUUAAAGGAAAUAAAUCUACAUACACUAUA